UUGUAUAAUCUGCGAUACCACAACGCUGUCGCUACGAACGUAAAAUGCGGUCUCUGUCGUAAACUACUGGUUAGACAUCUGAAAAAUAACAAAAAACUGUGUCGCUUUUAAGUUGUUGUAUAUACUGUGAGAUCGGCGUUAUUGUUGUUGUGUGUGUGUCGUUUAAAGUUUAUCGAGGCAAUGGCCGCGUCUUCUUCGUCCUCUUCUGCGGGAGGAGUGAGCGGCAGCUCCGUGACUGGCUCCGGAUUCAGUGCUUCCGAGCUCAUCCCACCAAGGAAAGUCCUCUACACGUAUCCAAAAGGGGCAGGUGAAAUGAUGGAAGAUGGCUCUGACAGAUUCCUAUGCGAGUCUGUAUUCAGCUACCAGGUUGCCUCAACACUGAAACAGGUUAAACACGAUCAGCAAGUGUCUCGAAUGGAGAAACUCGCGAGCUUGGUGGAGGAGCUGGAGGCAGAUGAGUGGCGGUAUAAACCUAUUGAGCAGCUAUUGGGAUUUACACCAUCUUAAAUAAACAAGCUGUGUUUGUUUUUUGGUUAUUAAGUCAGCCAAACAGAAGGAAAAUUUAACUUUUGUUUUCUUUUUUUUUCAAGUUAUAAAUUAUAUUCCUUCUUUAUUCUGUAUCUUGUGUAAAAGUGUUAUCUGGAGAGCCCAGAUGUGAGAUGUGUCACUUUACCUUUGUAUGUUUGAGUUUUUUUUAAAACCGCUUAUUACAUUACACCCUAAAUACAGUACAUUGCACAUACUAAAUAAAACCUUGUCAACAACAUUCUUAUAAGUGAAUAAUUACGCAAUUCAGUGUUGUAAUGGAUGUUGCAUCUGCUUUAGCCUAUUAAAGGUGGUUCUGCCAUUGAAAUCUGCUAUUAUGUUGAUGCAAAUAAUAUAUUUGGUAAUAAAGCCCUUGAACAGAAGCAUUGUGUUUCCAAAUGGUUGCAGUGUAACUCAUAAAUGUGAAAGUCUGCUGCCUCCUUUCUGUGUAGGUCCCUUCUCCAGCAGCAGCAGCAGCAGCUGGAACAAAACAAAGAGAGCUUUAAAUAAAAUCCGACUUGGGACAUUCUU